UUAGAGAUGAGGGCGCGUGGGGCUUGGGGCCCAUCGCUGUCCCUGCCACCGCCAACAUGGAGACCUUGUACCGAGUCCCAUUUUUAGUGCUCGAAUGUCCCAAUCUGAAGCUGAAGAAGCCUCCUUGGGUGCACAUGCCAUUGGCCAUGACGGUGUACACUCUGGUGGUGGUGUCUUACUUCCUCAUCACCGGAGGAAUAAUUUACGAUGUUAUUGUUGAAACUCCAAGUGUUGGCUCUAUGACUGAUGAACACGGGCAUCAGCGGCCAGUGGCUUUCUUUGCCUACAGAGUAAAUGGACAAUAUAUGAUGGAAGGACUUGCAUUUAGCUUCCUGUUUACAAUGGGAGGUUUAGGUUUCAUUAUCCUAGACUGAUCCAAUGCACCAAAUAUUCCAAAACUCAAUAGAUUUCUUCUUUUAUUCAUUGGAUUCGUUUGUGUCCUAUUGAGUUUUUUCAUGGCUAGAGUAUUCAUGAGAAUGAAACUGCCGGGCUAUCUGAUGGGUUAGAGUGCCUUUUGAGAAGAAGUCAAGAUACUGGAUUUGCUCCUGUUAAUGAAGUUUUAAAGGCUGUACCAAUCCCUGUUUGAAAUAUGGAAAAGAAUGAAGAACAGCAGUAAACGUAUCGACUAAGCAUAGGAAGCAUAUUAAAGCUUGGACUAGAAUUUCUUCGUGGUGUCAGAGAGACAGUUUAUCACAGUAUUUUUUCCUGCUGACCUGUACUGACAUACCAAUGAUGACUGGCAUUUUCUUCUUAGUUUUUCAUUUCUUAAAGAAAAUAUACUCGUAAUAUUGAAUAAAGUGAUAAUUUUUUACAAAAAAAAAAUUAGAAAU